CGUGAGAUCUGGUACUUACUGAGAGACCGAGUUCUGUUCUGACAAAUGGCCGCUUCUUGGCGGACAGCACUGAUCAGGAAAACCAAGAAAAAAGCAAAUUCAUGUGUUCAGGAUGUUGAGCAGGUGUUAAAGCAUUUUCAAAGCCUAAUUCCAGGAUUGCAAGAAUUUACAUAUGAUAAUGGACUACAGAAAGAAUUGUUUACCUUGGACGGGACAAUCCCAGUCAAAUUCAGAGGGGUGACGUACAACAUUCCAGUGUGUGUGUCGCUACAGGAGGGCCAUCCUGAGCUCCCACCUCUGGUGUAUGUCAGACCAACAAGUACGAUGGCAAUCAAGGAGUCAGAAUAUGUGGACAGAAAUGGCAGAGUCUAUCAUCCUUACCUUCAUAAAUGGAAUCAUAAAACAUGUAAUAUUGUAGCUUUUCUUCGAAUUUUGUGUGGUGUUUUUGGGAACACUCCACCAGUUUAUAGCAAACCACCGGAAGAAUCACCACCAGUUAGAUCGGCCCAUCACCCAGCACCAUCCACUAGUGCAGAUCAUCGACCAAGAUCAACCCAUCAACAAACACGAUCCACUGGUGCGGAUUAUCCACCAAGGACAAAGCAACAGCAUCCUGCUCAAGCAGUAAAGAAUCGGGUUUAACGACGAGUUGAAGUAAAUCAAGGUGGACGUACAUUGCCCGGCGAUAAAAACCGAUGGAGAUAACUUUACUUCAGUGAACAUUAAGGCACCAGAUAUGCCGUGCGGCAGGUAACACGCAACUAAUGUCAACUGCAGCCACAGUGCAGUGUUAACUGCUUUCUUGUAUCGAGAGAUGUUCAGUGGACUUGUUACGCUCUGUACCUCUCUAUGAAUACGGUGGUCUUGUACCUGAGACUGAAGCUGACGGAGAUUCAGGAAGAUCUUUGUGUAACAGUAAACUGACGUGGUUAAACACACCGCUAUACCAAUGUAGCCAUAAGAGAAGGUAAUAAGGGAAUUCCACACGGACAUCGUUGCGGCGGCGGUGGAUACAACCCAAAAGCUGCUGAGAACCACAUAUAUCCUCUUCAAGGUUACAACUUGUUUGUAUCUUAGUCCCAAAAGCAGCGCAAGAAGUCUAUCGGCGCUUAUUGCUGUCAGUGUUAACAACGACACAGAACACAGGACGUAACUGGAGAUAAAAUUUAUGGUCCCCGCCAAUCGGCAAAUGUCCCAACGUUUGUUCAACACAGCUAUCCAGUAGAUAAUUGCGAGAGGCUCUGAAGUAACACCAACACAGAGAUCGCUUGUAGCCAAACAACGAAGCAAGAGUUUGGACGGGGGAUGAAGGGAGGACUCACUGUGAAGGGCAACUAGAAUUAGAGUAUUCCCUAGAGUCGCUGAAAUGGACACGAACACGUUUAUCGCCAAAAUACUUGUUAUCUGAGAAUGUAUACCUUCGGUGAUAUCUGGCGAGCAAUACAAAUCUUCGCCAAAUAGCAAAUCUUGUGCCGCCCCGGUAAUAUUUGCUAGCACCAUUCAGAAUGUAUUCAGUGGAGCCUAAACUAAAGCAAUUGUUUCUUCACUCAGCAUCACUACAUGAAGGCUAGUUGCUGCGUCACAAUAACUGAUAAGGCAGUGUCUUCACAUAUCAUAUUCCGAGCUGAAUAUUUACAUGAAUACAAGUUCCAGCUGUGUUCAUAUUUACGAUAAUCAUCAGGAAAGUGAUUGACGUUUGGCAGGGUCUGUUUUCACCUUAUUAUGUGAUAAAGAAAAUGACUCCAUUUUGAUUGGCCGAGAGAAGGCAAAUUUGUCAUUAAUUUGUGAAUUUGCACUGCAGUUUAAGUCAAUACGUUCGUAAUUUCCAGUGAUAUCAUAUAUUUGAGUAAAUAGUACGAAAGCGUGAAUAAUUACGUGUAAGGUUUACACUAUUCGUGCGUUUGAAAAUUCUUCCAAAUCCGUUGCACUUGCCCAAAGAAGGGCUCCUGCAAUUUUAAGAGAAUUUUUACAUAUCGUCUUUAAUGUGAAUCACCUUAAUUGCAAUCGCAUUCAUACACAGUUACCAAUGCUAAUAAGAACAGGAGCAGCUCAUAAUUACUUUCCGAAUUUAAAAAAUAAUGUUCCGUGCUUUGUACUUGAUUGGGUUCCUUGAUAUGACAGAAGAAUUAUCGACUGCCUGAGCAGUUUAAAAGGCCUUGUUUCUUCGAAUUUUGUUAUGGAUAUGAUUAAUUUGGAACAGACCAAAUGAAAAAGAAGAAGAGAUCUUGGCGUGGUUCAGUUCUAUCGGUAAUCAUAGUUAUAUGGCAGUCCUGUUUUGUCUCUGACUUGCCUGGAUUCCGCUCAGUCAAACUACCGUUACUUGGAAGCAGAUGGUUUGCCUUACAAAGGCGAUAACCGUGAAGUAUAAGAAGUACAAAUAUGGACAUUAUUUACUCACGCAAAAAAACAACAAUCGCGUUCAAAUUACGGAGCAAAGCCUUUGGUUGACGUUUUGAGGUUUCUUUUUAGCAUAAGGGACGAAUCAAUUGAUUCUUUAUAAAUAAUUUACCAUUGGACGAUGCUCAACAUCACAAAUAUAUGAUAUAUAAUGGACGUAAGACGAAGGUGGGUGAAACUGGAGCGGAUGAUUUACAUUAAAGCAGGAGCCAUAAUCGGGGACUAAUUAAAGUUCUACUUUCUAUGUCAUGUUUCGUGUCGCUAAUUUGUUUCAAUAUGUCUGCUCAAAAAUGGGACUUUUCGCCGGCAAAAUUAUCGCUAGCGAAAGUACAAUGAAUUGUGCUUGAAGUUUACCCAAGCCUAUAUAUAACAUGCAGCGUAUACACUAUCACUCACAGUUUAAAUUAGCAUACCAUACACUUCUACUAUUUUUGCUACUAACUAGGA